CAGCCCCGGCCCGGAUCCCGCGCAUCCCGCACCGCGAUCCCCCGGGAGACAGGCGGCUGCCCCGCCGCGCCCGAGGCUCCGACUUUUCUUUUUGGGGGUGUCGCCGUGCCGCCGCGCUCCCCACCUUGGCUGCGCCGGCCGGAGCUACCAGAUCUCCACGCAUCCAUCCAUCCGGACGCACCGCGCACCGACGGAGCGGACAUGGGCAGAGCGAUGGUGGCCAGGUUGGGGCUGGGGCUGCUGCUUUUGGCGCUGCUCCUACCCACGCAGAUUUAUUCAAACCAAACAACUACUCUGCCACUUUCAAGUAACGUUGCCCAGAAUACCUCUACUCCCCCAAAUCCAACUAAUGCCACCACCAGGGGAGGUGGCAAUGCCCUGCAGUCAACAGCCGGUCUCCUUGUGGUCUCGCUCUCUCUUCUACAUCUCUACUGUUAGAGACUCAGGCCAAGGAACAUCUCUACUUCCCCAUCUUCUAAACCCAACCCAGAUGGCAUCUAGAAGUUCAAUGUGGCAAGGAAGAAACAGUUCUGCAUCAACACAACUAAUUCUACACCUUAUUUUAUUGACACAGAAAAUGUUGAAUUCCAAAUUUGAUUGGUUUGAAGGACAUGUGAAGGGUUUGACAGAUGACGAAUGCCCAUACUGAAUCUGCUGGAGUUUCCUGUACAAGAUGAAGGGCUGUAAUGCCCAAAAUUGAGACAUGAUUUCCUCGAAUGUGGCUUAAGAGAUUUGGACACUUAAAACUCUACGUUGAAAACAAGAAUGGGUUUUAUCUAGAGAUAAGGAUGGGAUAUGGAAAGGAGAUUCCAUUUUCAUUUGGUUUGUUAAAUCUAUAAGGCCAUACAACAGUUAAGUAAUAUAAAAAGCUUCCAUGAUUCUAUUUAUAUGCACAUUAGAAGGAAAUACCAGGUGUUACCAUAAAUCCUCCGUGAAUUGUCUCAGCAGUACUAAUUUAAUGCCGAUAUACUCUAGAUAAAGUUUCACAUUGUUAAACUGUCACUGUUCUCUUGGGACCUGAACUCUUAUUUUCCCUCUGUGGCUUUGGGUUUGAUAUUACAUUUGACCUUUUACAUAGUAAGUGACCUGUGCCAGGGCAAUGAUGGAUUGGAAUUUAAGCAUCCUGAAUAAAUUUUACCCUUACAACUUGGUAGGCAUUUCUCAUCACCUAUUUUCAUUCAACC